UUUUCUUUGUUGUUGUUUGUUGAUUCACUUUUUCUUGUUGUUGGUUGGAAACACUUUUUCUUUGGGGAGUUGAUUAACUCUGAUUAUUGUUCACUAUUAACUAACUAAUAUUUUUAAAGGUGUAAUCAGUUGAUUGUGACAAUUUGCUGAUUAUCUUUCGACUCAAUCAACUUCAUUUCGGUGAUUCUGUUUACUCUGUGGUGAGAGAUCUCUAUUUAUCUCUCUAAGUGUUUUCCAUUUCUCUUAUUCUCAUUGUGAUCAUUCACAUUAAUUGUUUCAAUUUCUCAACAAUUUAUCAAUUCUAAUUUCAACUAAUCAUUCACCUUUAACCUUGGGUUAAACAAUUCUACGUAAUUUGUUUUCCUUUUUCUUCUCUGGAUUUAAGCCAAAUUCUUAUUAUUACAUCUUUUUCUCUGGCAAAUUUUGUUUCUCUAUUUUCUUUUCUCUCCAUCUCUUGAUUGGAUUUAUAUCUUCACCAUAAUUCUCACUAAUCUAAUCAACUGUUAACUAUUACUUAACAAUCUACUUGAUAUCACAGGAAAAUCUAUUACACGUUGAUUGUUUAACCUUUGAAAGAACAAAUUGACAAAAUCGGCGAAAUCAAGUUGAUCAAGUCGACAAUCUAAUUACGCUGCUAACAACCUUUUCUCUCUCAUUGAGUCCAAAUAGUAAUGGCUUAUGUCCGAGGCACAUUAAGAUCCCUCUUGGAGAUGCCUUUGAAAUCUGCUCCACCGAUGGUUAAAGUUAACCUUUCAACCUUAACAGUUCAACACAAUCAAGAUAUAAAUGAAUUCACCAUCAACUGCGGUCAAGGAGGUGGAAAAGCAGUUCUUAAUUAUGAAUACUUAGCCAACGAUUUGGUUGAAUUGUAUCAUACUGAAGUACCUGUUACCUGUCGUGGCCAAGGAGUCGCUAAAUUAUUGGCACAAGCUGCAUUCAAAUUCGUCAUUGAAAACAAUUUACGAGCUAAAGUCACUUGUACUUACCUUCAACGAGUUUUGUCCAAAAAUCCUGAUCGUGAUUUCCUUAAACAAGUUGUCUCUUAAUUGUCGUUAACCUUUCCCUUGAUUUGGUUUGUUCACAAUCACCGGAUCUACAAAUUUACCACAAUUAAUUAACCAUUGAUGACUAUUUUCAUCCAAUAUAUAAAUAUAUCUAAAAUAUAUUAUUAUUAUAUAUUAUA